AUGAUACUAGACACGUCAAUUGUCAAUAAAGAUUUACCGCCGAUACCUGCCCAUAUGCAGGAGCUCACCGACGAGGACGACUUUCCUCUGUUUGACGACCACGGACGGGGUUGGGAUAGUAGCUUGGAAACCUAUCCUAGGGGCGCACGAGCUAUACAACAUAACUCUUUCGCGCAUUAUACAAAGGCUGGGAGGGGCCUUGAGUCCAACGCCUGCAUCAAACGGGAUGGAAGCAUCUCCAUCUCUUUGAAGGUAAAGAAAAGAUUACCUGACCUUCCUUCAGAUCAUGCAAAAGGAGUGCACGAGUUCGCAGUGGACAAAGAUGGAUGGAAAAAUGUUCCCAAGUUGAAUAUAGUCAUUAUGAUUGUCGGGAGUAGAGGUGAUGUGCAGCCUUAUGUGGCUUUGGGCAAAAAACUUCGCGAAGAUGGUCAUCGCGUCCGGAUUGCAACCCACCAGACCUUCAGUUCCUUCGUGGAGGACCAUGGACUCGAGUUUUUCGAUAUUGGAGGAGACCCUAAAGAGCUCAUGAGCUACAUGGUCAAGAACCCGGGCCUCAUCCCAGGCGUGGAGUCCCUCAUUAAUGGCGAUAUUCCCAGAAAACGGAGGAUGCUUAAUGAGAUGAUUGAUGGCUGCUGGCAUUCUUGCUACUCCCCAUGCCCGACAACCGGCCGUUCAUUCGCUGUCGACGCCAUUAUAUCCAACCCGCCCGCUUUCGCUCAUGUUCACUGCGCAGAAGCGCUCGGAAUUCCGUUACAGCUGAGCUUUACUAUGCCAUGGAGCCCGACGACAGCGUUCCACCAUCCUCUGGUCAGUAUACAGGAAUCGAAUGCAAAACGCGGGAUUACCAACUAUCUGAGUUAUGCUCUUGCGGAUAUCCUUACUUGGCACGGGAUCGGUGACAUUGUCAACAAAUUCCGGUCACGUACAGUGAACCUCAAACCCCUCGCCUUGUACUCAGGCCCAAGUUACGUCGAUACUCUCAAAGUACCAUGGACUUAUUGUAUGAGUCCUGCCCUUGUUCCCAAACCUGAGGACUGGAAGAAUCACAUUGACGUGGUCGGUUUCUACUUUCUCGAUUUGGCAACAUCCUAUACACCGCCGGACGAUCUCUUGGCCUUUCUAGGUGCUGGUGAACCCCCGGUCUACAUCGGAUUCGGCUCAGUAGUCGUAGAUGAUGCUGCUGCUAUGACUAUGACCAUAUUCGAAGCAACACGAAAAGCCGGAGUACGAGCGUUGGUCUCCGCGGGAUGGGGCGGAUUGGGUGGAGUGACGGUACCGCCCCAUAUAUUUCUUCUCGGGAAUAUCCCUCACGAUUGGCUGUUUGACGGGGACCGUGUUGCCGCAGUCAUCCAUCAUGGGGGUGCGGGGACCACGUCUGCUGGACUGGCGAAAGGGAAACCCACUGUUGUAGUUCCCUUCUUCGGCGACCAACCUUUCUGGGGGAAUAUGAUUCACAGGGCGGGAGCCGGGCCUGCUCCAAUACCACGUAAGAAACUCAACGCCGAUAAUCUUUGCGAUGCCAUCAAGUUCGCGUUAAGCCCGAAGGCAAAAGCUGCUGCUGCGAAAAUGGCCGCCCGAAUAAAGAACGAGGAUGGCGUGAACAAGGGCGUCGAGAGCUUUUAUAAGCACUUGCCAUUGAAAAACAUGAGAUGCGACCUCGAUCCAUCCAGAGCGGCAGUAUGGUGGUUUCCAAAAUACUCUUUGAAACUGAGUGGAUUCGCUGCCCAAGUUCUCGCUGACGCUGGGGAACUCGAAAUGCAGACCCUGAAAUUGCACAGACCCAAAGAAUAUUCGACUAAAAGAACUGUGACCGAUCCUAUUACCGGGAGUGCGAUGUCGGUGUUUUGGAUCGUAACUCAUUUCUCGGGUGGGCUCGUGAAGACGUUAACAUCUCCAAAAGAUGGUCUCAUUGAGACGACCACAGCUAUCCCUAGAGGUAUCGUGAGGACCAUCUCUUCGAUACAGAAAGGUUUCCACAAUUUACCGGAGCUAUACGGGUGUGAAGUUCGUCAAGAGGGUCAAGUUUAUGAUUUUUUGAGUGGUCUUCGAGAGGGAAGUAAGAGUCUAUGCUACGGCUGCUAUGAUGGUGUCGCCGGGUUGGUCAUUGAACCUUGGAAAGGAGCCCAAAAGGAAGGUCUAGUCGGUAUCAUGAAGGGAUCCGCACGAGGCUGUGCCAACUUGACAAUCUGUCCUGUCGCCGCUGCUCUUGGAGCCGUUAAACAUCCCAUGAAAGGGGCUAUCAAAAGCAUUCAAUCCUGUUUUGACGAGGAGCAAGAAAGUACGAGUUAUCGGCUCGCAGCUCGUGUUUGGGAUGGCCUCUUGGCUACUGAAGUUGUUUCUGCCUCUGAAAAGGAUGCGCUUCUGAGAAAGUUCGAGAAGGUCAAGGAAGAUGCUGAGAAGGGACGAAAUUCAUUUAUGAAGAUGGUAGAAAUGGCGAUUUCCACAGUGCAUUCUUGGAGGGCCGAGAUCGAGAAGUCCCACAGCCCAGAUACCCACCCACCUCGAAAAUAUCCCACUCGUGCCUCACUAGUGUAG